GUGCCAUGCACUUGGAAAGUUCUAAAUAUUGUUUUAGUAACUUUUAGCCACGAUGUCACAGUAUACGGUGCAAUCAAUACUUUUCUAUUUUUCCCAAUUAUUUGUGUUAUGUAAGUUUUUGGGUAUUUAUCCCUAUAACCUACAAAUAUUUCAACAAUAUGGUGAAUUGAAAAAAUCUACAAUCGGUACAAUUUGUGUAGUUUUGUCAAUGGUUGUUGUAAUUAUUUUAUAUAAUUUGCUAAUAUUAUCGUUUUCGGAACAGGAUGAUACAUUGAAAACCUCACAAAGUACCUUAACGUUUGUUAUCGGAAUAUUUUUAACAUAUAUUGGUCUUGUGAUGAUGGCUACCGAUCAGCUUUCUGCAAUACGUAAUCAAAAAAGCUUGGGCCAACUUUACGAUCGCAUACGGAUAGUUGACGAGCGCCUACUGCGAGAAGGGUGCUUAGUGGAUAAUACAACGUUGCGCAAGCGCAUUAGCAUUAUGAUCGUAUUGGUAUUUAUAUGUGAAUUAACUAUAAUGAUAUCGAGCUAUAUUGUUUUAGUCGAUCACACCAAAUGGAAGUCAUUGCUAUGGAUAUUUUCCUGCUUUCCCACACUUUAUAAUUCACUGGACAAAAUAUGGUUUGCAGUGACAUUGCAUGCAUUGCAACAACGUUUUUUUGCCAUAAAUAAAGCGCUUAAUGAUAUGGUCGAAGAACACGAGCGAUACAAGAUUUUAUCCACGACGAAUAAUAAUGCUGGCAAUAAGAAAGAAAAUCAAAUAAGACAGUUUUUAAGAGAUGUUCAAGAAGAGAAUUUGAAUUAUUUAUAUGCCGAAUUAAGUGGUGCUGCUGCAAGUGAUAUUGUUAAAUAUAAAAUGGGUAAAAAUCGUAUUAUACCGGUGGCUGCUGUGGCAACAUCUUUCAACAAUUUCAAUCAGUUAUCAGCGAAGAAGAACAGCCAAACUAAGAUCAUGUACGAGAGUCAACUAAGCAAUGUUAUAAAAGUUGAAGAAAAACUAAAUAACUUAUGUCAAUUGCAUGAUGAGUUAUGUGAAAUUGGUAAAAUGCUCAAUGAGUUAUGGAGCUAUCCAAUACUUGUGUUAAUGGCGUAUGGAUUUCUUAUAUUUACGGCACAAUUAUAUUUUCUAUAUUGUGCUACACAAGGACAAGACAUACCAACUCUAUUUCUGUCAGCGAGAAAUGCCUUUAUAACGGCCUUAUUUCUUUUUUAUACAGCUGGGAAAUGUAUUUACUUGAUUUUUCUUAGUUGGAAAACUUCAUUGGAAUCAAAAAGUACUGGCAUAUAUAUGCAUAAAUGUGGCGUUGUGGCCGAUAAUAAUGAGCUUUAUGAAAUUAUCAAUCAUUUGUCAUUGAAGUUAUUAAAUCAUACAGUGGAUUUUACGGCCUGUGGUUUCUUUUCCUUAAACAUGGAAACAUUAUAUGGAAUUAGUGGUGGCAUAACUAGUUAUCUCAUAAUUCUAAUACAAUUUAAUUUAGCUGCUCAGCAAGCUAAAGAGGCUAUGAAUAGCUAUAGCUCAAAUCGCACAUCCGAUAUGGAUUCGGAAGAGGAACCAGAUACAACUACAUCACUAACUAGUCUUAUAUCAAGCACUAUUACAACAGCAUUAACAACUGAGAUAUAAACAAAACUUUAUUAAUAAGCAUACAAU